AUGAAAAACGGAACCCUUUAUAUCUUUCUGUUAAAAGGGACGUACGCAUAUACGGCCGAUAGAAAUUGGGAAAACGAUGUGGAGGUAAAAAGAUCUGGUUGUAACCCGAACAUUACGCGUGACAUUGCUUAUCAACUUAUCAAUGGAGAAACAGGGAGAAAUUUCAACGUCAUAUUAGGAGGUGGAAGGAAGAUGUUUCUGCCAAGGGGACAAUUUGACGAACAGGGCCAGGAAGGGAGUAGAUUCGACGGGCUUAAUCUGAUAGAAAAAUGGAAACAAUUCAAAUCGAAGACUGGCAAAUCCGAGUACGUUUGGAACAGGAACCAACUCGUCAAGUUAGGCGAAGUGCAAAAUUUACUGGGGCUUUUUACUGACAGUCACAUGAGUUUCGAUUUGGAUCGCGAUCCAAAUGUAGAACCGAGUCUGACAGAAAUGACUCAAGCAGCUAUAAGCGUCUUGUCAAAAAAUGAUAACGGAUACUUUUUGUUUGUGGAAGGUGGAAUGAUAGAUCAAGCCCAUCAUCUGACUUACGCCCAAAAAGCUCUGGGAGACACCUUGGCUUUUGCUGACGCAGUACAGAGGGCAGUUGACAUAACAGGAAGCUUGUGGAGUAUUUUCUGUGCCAUUUCAAUUUCGGGAUGCGCUAUGUGUAGUGCCACCUUGGCAACUCUCCAGGCGAUUUUCGCUGAACAGCUAGAGGGUAGACCAGUGACAAACUGA